UGCCAUUAGUCCUCACCUCAUCUUGCUCCCCAAUCAUUUCAUUCCUGAAGCACAUGCUCUAACAUGUGACCUUCUAGCUGUUCUCUUAACUCUCACGGUCUAACCUGUUCACCUUGUCAGUUUGUCUCAGUUGAAUAUAAUUACUCCACUCAACUCCUCCAUUUCACCCCACUUCUUGCUUUUUCUACUCUAAUCUCUGCAAUAUUUACUUGCUCUUCUGUCUUACUACUUCACCUCUAAACUGCAAUAUUGAAAACCAACCCACCUUUUAAUUUACAGUUUUAAUGUCGAUCCAACUCUUUUUUUAAGAAUUCCUAGAAAUUCUCAUUCUUAAUUGAUAAUGUGAAAGAUAGAUAUGGGCUGCAUACAGUCCAAAACGACACUUCUUCCUUCUCCAAAAGACGCCCCUCCUCUACCUGAAACAGACAAGCAAAUCUCAGUUGGAGAAGUAGGAGAAGGGGAUGAUCAGCAGCAAAAAGUACCAGCAUUUAAGGAGUAUAGUUUGAGUGAACUUAGAAAAGCCACAAAUGGGUUUAACCCCGAUUGUAUAGUUUCUGAAAGUGGGGAGAAAGCCCCAAAUGUUGUGUAUAGAGGAAGACUUGAUACUAAUAGAGUCAUUGCUGUUAAACGUUUCUCUAAGCAAUCUUGGCCUGAUGCUCAGCAAUUUCUGGAAGAAGCAGCUGGUGUGGGGAAGGUUAGACAUAAAAGAUUGGCGAAUCUCAUUGGAUGCUGUGCCGAGGGGGAUGAGAGAUUGUUGGUAGCCGAGUUCAUGAACCAUGACACCCUAUCCAAGCAUCUUUUCCAUUAUGAUAAACAACCUCUUCCAUGGGAAAUGCGUGUGCGAGUGGCCUAUUAUGUUGCAUUGGCUCUAGAGCAUUGUAAUGCAGAAAACCGUAAAAUUUAUCAUGAUUUAAAUGCAUAUAGAGUGCUUUUUGAUGAGGAUGGUGAUCCUUGUUUAUCCACUUUCGGUCUGAUGAAGAACAGUAGAGAUGGUAAAAGCUAUAGCACAAAUUUGGCCUACACACCACCAGAGUUCAUGCGGACAGGAAGGGUGAUCCCGGAAAGCGUCAUAUACAGUUAUGGAACCAUUCUACUCGACCUUUUAAGUGGGAAGCAUAUACCUCCUAGUCAUGCAUUGGAUAUAAUUAGGGGAAAGAGCGCGUUGGUAUUAAUGGAUUCUUCACUGGAAGGGCAGUACGAAAAUGAUGCUGCUGCUACAAUGAUUGAAUUAGCGUCAAAAUGCCUUCAGUAUGAAUCGAGGGAUCGACCUGACAUCAAAUUCCUUCUUGAAGCUGUAGAUCCCCUACAAAAACAAAAAGAGGUUGUAUCCCAUAUUCUGAUGGGGCUGACCAAAACAGCGGUAGUUGUUCCAAUAAUGCUCUCUCCCCUUGGAAAGGCUUGUGAAAGGAUGGACCUCACAGCUGUGCAUGAUAUAUUGCUUAAAACUGGGUAUAAAGAUGAGGAGGGUGCUGAUAAUGAGCUCUCAUUCCAAGAAUGGACGCAACAAGUUCAAGACAUGUUGAAUACAAAGAAAUUCGGAGACAUUGCAUUUAGAGAUAAGGAUUUCAAGAAUGCUGUGGACUACUAUUCAAAGUUAGUGGUUAUGAUGUCCGCUCCUUCAGCAACAGUAUUUGCAAGGAGAGCUCUGUGUUACAUGAUGAUCGAGCAACCCGAGCUUGCCCUUAGAGAUGCCAUGCAGGCACAGGUUUGCAUACCAGAGUGGCCAACGGCCUUUUAUUUGCAGGCCCUUGCGCUGUCCAAGCUAGGGAUGGAAGCCGAUGCACAAGAUAUGCUGCACGAUGGUGCUGCCUUUGAAGCCAAAAGGCAAAAUAGCCGGCGAGGCUGAAAUUCUUUGUUAGCUAUUCCUGUAACAUUGCUGUAGAGUUCGGGUAUAUGAGGAGGUUAAAUUAUGAAGCAUCAAAUAUCUCCUAAUUACCGUCAAUUCACGUCAAUUCUGCUUCUAUUCAAUUUCUUUCUAAAGUAAUCGAAACAAAUAGUUUAUGGCUGAAGACCUUUCACCUAGUGGGGAGCUUUCUUUGGAUCGUGCAAGGGAACUGCUGAUUGGAAUCUCCGAGUCUCAACCAGAAAAUCUUAUCGAUUCCCAAUCUGGGGAGGAACCUACAAAUGUUCAUGACAACGCUACAGUGACAAGUCCUGAUAAAGCCGAAGAGUUUAGAUCAAAACUCAUAUCAAUCUCAUGCGUACCGUCACCUGAAACGAUCCCUCUACCUGCAAAUGGGCAUAUGUGAAAGAAUGUGAUGCCCUUUGUAUUAUAGUUUUUUUAAAAGAUGGUCUUUUUUGUUUAAUGUCUACCAACUAUUGUAGCAAACUUGGAACAAGUCUUGAAAUGAUAAUUUUCAAGACAUGUAACUUUUGUGAAUUUGUGAUGAUAUGAUAAACGUGUUAUCGAAACCAUGUUUCGGUUUGCUUAUUCAUGUUUCUCGUAUGUAAAUGUUCUGCCUGUAAACUUUCUUCUGAUGUAGUUUUAUCGGAAUUUGAAAAUGUUGUGGUCGCCU